CCGCUCGGAGCGGCCAUGGCGGAGCGGAGCCGCGGCGCCGGGCGGGGGUUGGUGCUGCUGCUGCUGCUGGCCGGCUCGGCCGCCAGCCCCGCAGAGGAGGGCGGCGGGCGGCGGGAGGCGGGCGGCGGCGAGCAAGGCGAGGAGGCGGCGCGGCCCCACCACGACUCCUCGUACGGCACCUUCGCCAACGAGUUCUACGACCUGCGCUACCUCUCCGAGGAGGGUUACCCUUUCCCUACUGCUCCUCCUGUGGAUCCUUUUGCAAAAAUCAGAGUGGAUGACUGUGGAAAAACCAAGGGAUGCUUCAGGUACGGUAAACCUGGAUGCAAUGCAGAGACUUGUGACUACUUUCUAAGUUACCGUAGAAUUGGAGCUGAUGUUGAAUUUGAGCUGAGUGCCGAUACUGAUGGCUGGGUGGCAGUGGGAUUUUCCUCAGACAAGAAAAUGGGAGGAGAUGAUGUCAUGGCUUGUGUUCAUGAUGAUAAUGGAAGGGUCCGAAUACAGCACUUUUAUAAUGUCGGUCAGUGGGCUAAAGAAAUCCAGAGGAAUCCUGCUAGAGAUGAAGAAGGGGUUUUUGAAAACAAUCGUGUAACAUGUCGAUUCAAGCGUCCUGUAUAUGUUCCCCGAGAAGAAACCAUUGUAGAUCUGCACUUGAGUUGGUACUAUCUGUUUGCUUGGGGUCCAGCAAUUCAGGGUUCUAUAACUCGUCAUGAUAUAGACUCACCACCGGUAUCAGAGCGUGUUGUCAGUAUUUACAAGUAUGAAGACAUUUUCAUGCCAUCAGCUGCCUAUCAGACCUUCUCUUCUCCAUUCUGCUUGCUCCUCAUUGUUGCACUGACCUUCUAUUUAUUGAUGGGAACCCCAUGACUGAUGGAAAAUACCAAGAAUUUGUCAGUGGAAGUUUCUCAGGAUGGACAGCUAUACAGAUGGACGAUGCAUUUUUGUAUUGGGAUUUAUAUCACAUCAUCACCAUCAUCUAGCUGCUUUUGAACAUAGUUAGCUUCUCAGAAGAAUGAAAUAACCAUCUGCUUUGAGUGGCAGAGUGGGGAAAAAUCAUUUUAGAAUAAUCAGUGAACACAUAGGAGAAUAUUUUCAGUGUUGUGACUACUUACUUUUGUAAAAUCAAUGCGUGUGUGUGCAUAUGUGUGCUUUGGGGGGGGUGUCUGUAUGGGUAUUUAGGUGAAUUUGAUGAUGAACAUCUUAUCAAAUAACAACAUUGCCUUCCAAAUUGCUUCCAAAAAGCAAAUUUGGGAAAAUAUUAGAAUGCUGGUUGGUACUUCUGGAGGAGACAGAAUGACUCCAGGUAUAGUUUCAGAACUUAAGAUCUGAAUACCGACACAGCAAUAUAAAAUCUGCCCUUCAAUAAUCGACAGUUCUCCCUUUCUUUUUUGAUAUUUAUAAAAGUUUACUUACUCUGGCACUUUCCAAAACUAAACCUGCAUAAUCAAGCAUUAAUGUGACUUAUUAUUGAAUAGAAAAGAGGUGAUGAAUGUCUUCAUAACGGUGGUGUUUCAACAGCCUUCUUGAAAGAAAUAGCCACUUCUUUUAUGAGUAAGGUAUAAAGUUAUUGAUACAGGGGCAAUCAAGUAAUGUAAAUUCUCCAUACACAGGCAGAACAGGUGUAAAACAUAGAGGAUACAGAAGUUCCCAACAAGCCAUAGGACGUCCUCCCAAUAGAUUAAAUAAUUCUUUUUCUUUUUAUGAAAAAACAGUAAUAUUGCUGACAUGUAAAUAUGUUUUUAAGCCGUUGUGUAGUAGCAUGAAGUAAUCUGGUUUUCUGUGUUUUAUGCCUGUAUAUCCCAUUCAUGUUAAAUAUGAAUAUGGGCAGCUAGUGUUAACUUACAAAUAAAUGAAAAUAUAAUUGAGAUUAUUUGUAAGGAAAGAUAGGGAUAAGAAAAGCAGCAUCUUUGGUUUCAUCAAACCAUUGCUAAAAUGUAGUUACUGUGGGAAAAGAUGAGAUAAAAAGAAAAUAUAGCAUUUUUUUCUAUCACCAAUAAAUAUUACAAAGAUGAAAGCUAAAUAUUACCAAAAUGGAAAGUCAAAAUGUAUUUAUGAGCCACAGAAUAAUAUGAAAAACUUUGAUUUCUUGUGGAGAAUUUACAUUCUUCACAUAAUAGGAAGUGUAUGACAUAUGUAUAUGAGUGCUUAGGUAAGGUUCUAACUUGCAUUAAAAUUCUCUUUAAAUAGAAUUAAAAUUUAAAUUGUAUCAAAGUUCUACCUGAUGUAGUAUGCUUGAGGACUCUGUAACAUAGGAUCUGGUAAAGGAUACGAUGGACCUUCUUUCUAUUGUCCUUGCUGCAUAGAGUGAAGAGCAUUCACUACCCUUGCUGGAUUAGCAUUGUUAUUCAUGGACUGAAGUUCUUAGACAAUCUUUUUUUUCACUUUCUGCAUUCUUCAAACCUAUGCUUAUAGCAUAUUAGUAUAUUAUCUAGUUUUGAAAAGGAAUUUCUCUCCAUCACACUUUAUCCCUAUUUCAGAAGAAAGAUUGCUUAGUAAUAUGCGUUUUCAUUGAUGUCUUUAAGACUUUGCUCACUUAAAAUUGCUGGAUUAAGUUCAAGAGGGCGGAGAGAAAUUCAGAAUGAAGUGAACUUUGAAAAUACAUAUAAUAGCUUUACGUAGAAUAAAUUACCUUUCCCAAGUUGAAUAAUCUACUCAUCAUUUGAUGAUAUACAUAGUGGAGACCACUUAAUGAGGAAGACUGGCUUUGUUCUAUCGUGGCUGUGAAACUAAGACUUAAGAUUGGCUGAAGCAGGGGCUUGAAGCCUUGAAUAAUGAGUUCGGUAUUCAGCAACCAGGUGAAGAAAUGAUUAGGGCAAAUUCUUUUUCCUUUGUGCUAAUUUAUAUGCAGCUGUGAUAGCUGAAGUACUGCAGUUCCUUCUCAGAGAUUACAGCUAUUUUAAGUAGCCUCAGGGUUGCUUUAGUUUAUGGCCUUGUAUUUACUGUUUUAGUUUCAGGUAUUUACCUGAUUACUGGCUAAAGGGCUAAUCUAAUCAUUUAAAGGUAUUGAAGUAGGAGAAAAACCCAUUUUGGCUCCUCUUUUCUUCUAUAGUACAGUGCUAGAUUUAGGAUAGCUGGCUGGGUCCAAGCAUGGAGGUACAGUAAAGAUGACAAUUAUAAUAUGAAAGUAAACAUGCAACACCCUUAAACCUGCUUUCCACUUACGUGGAAUCAGCUGUGUUUAAAGUUCAGGCUCUAAAGCAAUAGCAAAUGCAGAGUAGAGGCACAGCUGGUUUUUGUGGCGGACAGUAUAUGUCCACUGCAAAGUAUAAACUGCUUCAGUCUUCAGCUGCAUUAUGCACGUUCUCAGUUAGGGUAAAAGUAAGUUUAUUUCCCUUUUCAGGUUGCUUGUUAAGUGUGCUGUCUGGUGGGUUUUGUUGUAUGUUCUUUUUUGAAGCAUUGGCAGAAACCUGCACUUUUUUAAAAAACUCACACAAGCUUCAAAAUACUUAACUAUCACUAAUUAUGUGUUUUUAAUCAAAUGAGAGGAAACAGAAGCCCACAACAAGCAGUCAAGCAAUCUAUUAUUUACAUUUCAACUGAUGGUUGAGUUUAGCUUUAUUAUUAUUCAUUAAUAAACUAUUCCAAAAUUUUGCAUACUACUUCCCAGGUAUCAAAAACCAUAAAUCCAGCUUUGAACACUUUGCUCGUAGCAGAGGUCAAAUAGACGAAAGUUUAAGGAGAGCUCAGAAUAGCUGUGGCAGGUUAGAAGCAGGGGUUGGGGUAAGUUUCUUUUAGUGAAAGAAGUUUGCUGUCUUGUGGCAUUUUAUCUGAGAGGUGCUCUUCAGAUUGGGAAAAGCAGGAAUGGGAGAGUUAAGUAGGCAAAGAAAGGUGUGGGUGCUUGGAAACUAGUAGUUGGGAAGAAAUAUGAGAACAAAAUGGGCAUAAGAGAAAUGAGGAGGCUUUAUCAGUAGUACUUAACUUUGUAUGAUACUUCGUAAGUCUUAACAUUUGAGUGGGCAUAGUGACGUCAUGGAAGGUUUUCUGGUUUUCAUAUGUUUUUUUCUUUUUAACAUGGAAAAGUAGAAUUGAUCCAUGCUACACAAAGUUACUACAAAUUAACUUUCUUCAAAGUAAUUUUUAAGUGUUUAUGACAUGGCAGAUAGUUUGUUGGAUUUCUCUAAUUAGCAGGUAUCAACACCAACCAAAGGAAAAUGUCUCCCUCAGAAAGAAAAGCAGACAUUUCCUUCUAUAAAUCAAAUUAAUUUUUAGUUCCCUUAUGGUGACUACUAGCAAGCAGCUGUUACCGAACACAUUUUCAAAGUACUUUUAUUUUGAGAAUUACUUGCUGCAGGGUGACCUGACACAGAUGCAUAGAGUUUAGAAAGUGCCUGUUUAGAGUUUGGUGUCCUUUGGAAAUUUAACUUUGAUUAUUAAUUACAAAGAUAGUACUGGCAAAGAUCUUAGGGCUUCAGUUAAUGUCCUUGAAUAUGCUCCUUCCAUGUAGAGCAAAAUUUAGUUGUGACCAUUGCUCACCAUUGCAAUACAUUAACCAUAUCACCACCCUUUCCUUACUCUGCCCAUCUUAUCUAGAAUGUUUUAUACUUUUUUUGUAAGUCAGGUGGAAGUGAAAUCAGCUACUUAUAUUUGUGACGGUAUUGCAAAGGGUCCUUAUGUUUUUGACUGUAAUGUCUGACUGGUACGCUGCUACAAAUAGUAAGCUAGGCUUAAAAUCACAUUAAUAAAAAGUGGGAUAGGAGAGAGAGAAAAAUAAGUGGCAAGGAAAAGCAGUUGUAAUGUUUUUGUUUAAUUCACUGUAAUAAAAUAGCUAUAUGUAUUUUUAUGCAUAGGUGAGAUACUCCCACAUAAUAAUUCACCCCCCACCCCCCAAAUGCCUAUCUGAUUUGAUGAUUUCAAUGGAUACUGGAUGGUGCUGUCUUGAGAAUUCUGUUAUUGUAAGGGAAAUACUCUGGGUUUGAAAGAGAACAUAUUGAUGAGAAAAGUUUGAAAUCCCUCUGUGGCCUUCUUGUCCUUCUUGAUUGAUUUUUAAAUACUUGGACAAGAAGAAAAUAAACACUUGUAGUUUUCCUAAUCUGAAGAAACCCCCAGAUUGGGUUAAAAGUUAUCAAAGUUUUAUUUGUCACUGACCUUUCCAGUCUUCAAUGCAGGGGUUAGAGAAUGACUGGAGUGUCGUGUAUAUUAGUAAACCCAAGCAGCAGUUUUGAAGCUGGCUUGGAGCACCAUAUCCUGGGUCUGAACCAAGAAGAGGAGUCCUGCAAGUACUUCCAUAUGCUCAGUGGCUACUGCAAAAUGGAAAUAACGAACAGCACAACUCAGCCUGCACCAAAUCCCUUAAAUACGUCUAUCUUCUUUUACCAAACUGCGGAUGGUGUUUUUACUGUGAGUUUUUAUGCCUAGUCGUCCUCUGAAAAGUACUGUGCUCCUUGUCAGUGGCCUGCAUCCUGUCCCCUUUUCCACAGCUGCCUUAUGCUGUUUCUUGAGGUGAUCCCGAGAAAUCCUAGUCCAGCUGUGAAGAGGAGUUAGUGGGUAAGGUGGACUGACACACAGCUGUCUUCCUGGUUAUCCAGGUCACAAUUCGAAACCUGUGUCAUUGAUGACACUCCAGUUACCUGUAAGUAAAUGACUGUUCUAAGAGUAAGGGAAAGGGAAGAGACGCAUCUGCCUGGUUUUUGUCUGUUUUUUUCUUAUUUUCCCAUCCCUCCAACACAUCAGGCAUUUACAAAGAAGCAAAUUAUUCUCCUUUUGGGGAACAGACCCUCUGUCUGGUCUGUUUCAUCUCUUCUGAGACCAAUGGAAGUUUUCACUAUGCUGUACUGUAUAGGCAGAAUUAAAGCUUAUAUGCAAGCUUCGUAACUUUUACUAGCAUUAAAUUCCAUUUCGUGACUCUGUGGUUUUGAUGGUUUGGCCACCCAGUGAAGUGGGUUUAUGCCUCCCCCCUUUAUUUAGCAUCUUCAAAUAGUUUCCUCAAAGAAAAGUGUUGGGUAAUAGCUUUAAGAGAAGGAAGCAUGUAUUUUACAGAUUUACAAGAAGUCUAAUAUCACUUGUUUUCAGAGAUACCUGUUUUUGAGAGUGCUGAGUUAUAUGAGUUAUACCAGUUAUAUGAGGUAGAACUGGUCUAGAGUCUUAGAUUUAUGAUAGAAGCAGAAAAAUACCUAUUACCAUUGUUUCAGUGCUUCAUGGGCCUGUGUAUGUACAUAACUUGCGUGAAUUGGCCCCCUCCUUUUCAGCCCUGACUCCACAAUGUGUAAUGAAUAGUCAAAGUGAUCUGCUUGAAUACUAUACAGCAAGGCAUAGGUGACCUCAAACAGUUUGGGAUAGAGGAGCAGAAAGACUAGUGGUAAGGCUGAAUCACAAGGAAGAGCUAGUGGUUUUGGCAUAUGUCCUGUUUUUGCAUGAGUUUACAUGUGGCAGAGCAUACCUGUUACUUUUAAUCACAAGCAAAUAUUACUUGAUGUGACUAGAAGGAAGAGAAUUGACUUCAAUGAGAAGUUAGCUUUUAUGCAAGUUCUACCAGUAUAAGGGCCAGUGUGGGCAGAAGAUCGGAUUGUGCCUCAAGAUGUGUACUCCCAUGAAACUCCAAGGUAAGAGCUAGAGGAUCAAACUUGCCUUUGGAAGUAUGAGAACCUGUCAAGACCCUGUAGACAGUAGUGACAGUUGGCUGCUGCCUCUGUACCUGCUCACUGGCCAUUUUACAAACUACUGCUGGAGCAGCAGGAAUAUCAAAAGAUGGAGGCUCUACAUCUCUUCUAUUUAUUGAUGAUAUGUCAACUUCUUGCCACAUCUUUUUCUGUAUCUAAUUACUUCUGUGUAAUUUAUAUGUCAAAGUAUCUGAUUUUUGCAGAUACAAAGUAAGAGCUAGGUAAACUUUCCUUUUCUAAACCUAUUUUAUUAGUAUGAAAUAAUCAUUUAGGUAACUUCCUUUUUGUAUUUUGAUUUUUAUAGUCGGUUUGGUAAAAUUAUGUAUACUUGAACUUGGUUAUUUAACUCAUCUAAUUUGGGCUCAGAUUGUUAGGCAAAACCAGUGUAAUUUUGAAAUGUCGAGGAGGACGUGUGCAGCUUGUGGAGCUGAUAGGUGUGAAAAAUCAAACUGGAAAGACAUUACUUUCUUUGAAAAUCUGUGAUUUGAGUUGGCAGUAACAGUGAAUCUGCUGUAAGGAAAAGGGCAGGUUGUUUUUUUUCUUUUCUUUCAUUGCUAAGUAGUUUGAAUUGCACUCAUAGACUCAGAAUAUUUCAAGUUGGAAGGGACCUAUAAGGAUUGUUGAGUCCAACUCCUUGCUCCCAGCCGGACUGCCUGCAAUGAAGCCAUAUGGCUAAACUUCGUCUAGAUGCUCCUAGAAUUCUGUCAGACUUGGUGCCAUGAUCGCUUCCCUGAAGAGCCUGUUCCAGUGACCAAACAUCCUCGCGGUGAAGAACAUUUUCCUAAUGUCCAAUCUGAACUUCCCCUGACAGACCUUCGUAGUCACUCACAACUGUUCUUUUGCCCCACUUCUGCAUUUUGUCUCUAAGUAAGAAUGCUCUUUCAAACCAUGUGAGGUUGGAAUACGUGCAAAACAUCACAGACGCUAUGUUAGAACAGCUGCUGCUCCAUCUAGGCUACUUUUGAUCUGUAAUCAGAGGCUACUUAGGAAUGCCCUUACAAGGUGAGCUUUUAUGUGGUACUCUUAAGAAACUCUCUUUAAAAAUCUUGCACUCUUUAUAGACUAAAGCAUUACAGAAUUACCUGAUAGCAGUACUUUUCUGAGCUGUUUUUAAAUUAUGCUUGCUUAAAUUCAUUUUUACAUUUUUAAAGAAUUAAUUGGAUUUUUCAAAAGCGCCGAGCAGCUGCAAAUCUUUUAUGGUUCCAAUGGCUACUGAGGACAGAGACUGUUUUAUGGCAAAUGGUAAUUGCAAUGUAUUGCCUAAUUUACUUUCACAUCUCUCUUUUAUGCUUGACAACGUUCAGUUCAAUUUCAUAAGAUGGUAAUAAUGGAAGACUAAGUAAAGGAACAAUUAACUUAGUUUGUGUACUGAGGAAUAAAAAUAUUGUUGCAGACAUUUUACAACAGUGAUCUGCAAAGUUUAGACUAAUGAAAAAUUAUUAAUUAUUAAUUAUUAAUUAUUCUCAGGUUUAAUAUUUAGGCAAUGUAAAUUUGAUGAAGGUAUUUGUGUGUGUGUGUGAGUUUGAGAAUUAUAUUAGAGAGUUUAAAAACAAAAAGGUAGACUCUGCUUUAGAGAGAAAAGAAGACAAAACAUAGAAUCCUACAUGUUCCCUGACUCCUAGCUGAUUUAUUGGAGGGCAGAGUGAUAUGGAAGAAUAUAUAGAAUACUGAGAUGUUACCAGCUUUUAUAUAUUAACCUUUUGCCACCUUCUUCAGUGCAAAAAUUAACCACACAUUAGGUUUUUUACAGUAUUAUCUUUCUUUCUUUCCCAGCCAAGAUGAAAAGAGGAUAAGUUCAGUAAGUCAAGACAAUACUGUCGUAGAGUAUUAGGAUAAUAGGAGAGGAAGCACAGAUGCCAUAUGUAAAUAUAGGGGGGAAAAAAACUUAUUAUUUACAUAUAAAAUGUGAUAUCUGCUUUUGAAAUAUUUGACUUCACAU